AUGGGAGGCCGGUUUGGGGACGGUCUGCCUCAGGUCAGUGAUGAGGACAAUAAGAAACUGGAGGCCCCACUGACUCUGGCUGAACUGGGCUCUGCGGUGGGGAGUCUAAAGCCAGGCAGAGUUCCGGGCAUAGACGGACUUUCGGCCGAUUUUUACAAGGCCUUCUGGGACGUCUUGGGGCCAGACCUUCUGGAGGUCUUUACGUACAGUCUGGAGAGCAGUCGUUUGCCCCUGAGCUGCAGAAGAGCAGUACUGACUUUGCUCCCAAAGAAGGGUGAUCUGCAGCUCCUAAAGAACUGGAGGCCGGUGUCGCUGCUCUGCAUGGACUACAAGAUCCUGUCCAAGGUGUUGGCGUCCCGGCUGAGAGGGGUCAUGGCCUCGGUCAUCCACGUGGACCAGACGUACUGUGUGCCCAGCAGGCUCAUAGGGGAUAACAUCACCCUGAUCAGAGAUGUUUUGGAGGUCUCCGGCUCAUUGGGAAUCAACCUGGGACUGAUUUCCAUAGACCAGGAAAAGGCGUUUGACCGGGUUGAACACCAGUACCUCUGGCAGACUAUGACUGCCUUUGGGUUCAGCCCUGGGUUCAUCGCCCACAUCCGGACUCUGUAUUGUGACGUCAUGAGUGUACUGAAGGUGAAUGGGGGGCUCAGUGCUCCGUUCAGUGUGGGGAGGGGCAUCAGGCAGGGCUGCUCUCUGUCUGGGAUGCUCUACUCCCUCUCCAUCGAGCCCCUUCUACAUCGGCUCAGAGCUGACCUGCAGGGGGUGCUGCUGCCUGGAGCACGACCAUUUAAGGUCUCUGCGUACGCAGAUGAUCUUAUUGUGUUCGUUAACAGCCAGAGGGAUGUGGAGGUCCUGGCUGACACAGUGCAGGUUUUUGGUCAGGUCUCCAGCUCCAGGGGUGAACAGGGCUGUGGGGGAGGGCUGUCCCUUCUGUGGGGAGAGGGAGACAGUGUUCACUGCUUCUGGGAGUGUGGGAGGCUCAGGCACAUGCUGGAGCUGCUGAGGGGCCUCUUCACUUCACUGGGGGCAGAGUUUAAUGCUCAGGUGUUUGUGGGGGGGGUCAGGUACUCCAACCGCAGCAGGAGGAGGGGGCGGCUGCUCAGUUUCCUGGUCGGUCAGGCCAAGAUGGCCGUCUAUGUGAGCAGGAGGAGGAUGGUCCAGGACCAGAGUGAGAUCAGUCCCAGGGCUCUGCUGGUCCGGAUGGUCCAGGCCAGACUCAGGCUGGAGUUCGGUCUCUACAGGAUAAAUGGGGAUCAGGAGGGGUUUGAGGAGCGCUGA